CUCGACAAUAAUCCGAGUAAGCACACGCACUGAGGGCGAAUAAUUUGGAUCGUUUCUACGGUCAUGUUGUUGUUCUGUAUACUCCCGUCGUUACUUUUGGGUGCAGUGGCCAAGGGCCUGGCCCAAAGACCCCUUGAUAUAACAACCUCGCCCGACCUUGGAACAGGUGGACCGGUAUUGAGCCUCUCCUCCAUACAGUCGGAAAGCGUGUUUGUGUCCUUGGCUCUUCCCGCUUUUCCUAAGCACUCCGUCCGCAUCAAGAAGUCAUCAUUUUGUGACCCUACUGUUUCGGUUUACACUGGGUACUUAGACAUCAACGGAGGUGCCAAACACCUGUUUUUCUGUUUCUUUGAAAGCAGGAGGGAUCCUGCCAACGAUGAUGUCGUCAUGUGGAUCAACGGAGGCCCUGGAUGCACGUCCUCGGUCGGCCUUUUAUUCGAGCUAGGGCCUUGUAGCAUUGACACGACUGGGGGGUCUCCAAACGGUACGAACUGGAACCCGUACUCGUGGAACAACGAGGCAAACAUAUUCUUCCUCGACCAACCCGUGGGUGUUGGGUACUCGUACGCCGAUUUCGGUGAAACUGUGGAGACGACCGAAGAAGCCGCUCGCAAUGUCUACGCUUUCUUGACCAUCUUUUUCGAGACUUUCAAGGAAUUUUCCGAUCGUCCUUUGCAUUUGGCUGGCGAAUCCUAUGCUGGACGCUACCUCCCGGUCUUUGCGAGUGAAAUAUAUGAUAAAAACCUCAUUGCAAUCGCUGAAGGGCGUGGCGUUAUUAACCUUCAAAGUGUUCUCAUUGGCAACGGUGUCACCGACAUUUCGACGUUGUACGAGGGUCGAUAUGAAAUAGAGUGUGGUACGGCAGCGUUGGACGUACCUUUUCAGUCUAUCGGCAACUGUGUCCGCAUCAAGGCAGCAUUACCACGAUGCGACAAAGCACUGCGCCGAUCCUGUAUCGACCGCUUUGACCAUAUGGACUGCGAGGCCGCCGUUGCUUCUUGUGACAGCCAUUUAAGCACAGCGUUCUGGGACAGUGGACGGAAUGCGUACGAUGUCUCGAAGAUGUGCCAAGACCAAGACCUUUGUUAUGCUGAGGAAGAGGUAAUCCGCCGAUUCCUCGAUUUACUCAGUACUCGGACAAUGCUCGGAGCAGAAAGCCCAGGAAACUUUAGCCUGUGCUCUAGUAUGGUCGGACGAAACUUUGUGUCUCAUCUGGACAAAUGGGCACACCAUACCCAAGACUAUGUCACGGCACUCCUGGAACGAGGCAUCCGGAUUCUGAUCUACGCGGGUACAUAUGACUGGCAGUGCAACUGGGUUGCCAAUAAACGAUGGGUGGACAAACUAGAUUGGUCGGGCCGCUCGGCCUAUGCUAAAGAGCCGUGGAGACCCUGGAUGGUUGAUGGAAAGCGAGUUGGGGAAACGAAGACGCAUGGAAAACUGACGUUUGCCAGCGUCCUUGGAGCUGGGCAUAUGGUCCCUCAUGACAAGCCCGCAGAAGCUUUAGCCUUGGUGUCGAGAUGGCUCGCUGGACAAGACAUUUGAUUCGACUGUGAACUUUGGGAAAAUGUGUGGGUGCAAACUCAACCGGGCAGGCUGAAUUGGAAUAGCUGGUCUCAUUUUAUCAAUACUAAGAAAAAAGAAUUAUGCCAC